UUUAGAUCUAGACUUGGCUUUGGUAACGAUGACAGACACCAAACCACAGCAUGAUUAGCAACUCUAUGCUUUUAUGAAACUGAGUUAAACGCUGAGAUGAAAAAAAUAUAUACGCAAGUAACGAAUGGUAAAUGCAAGACGUGAAAAAACUUGCAAUCUGGUGCAUGUACUAAAGUAAUCUCACAGUCAGCAGAUUGUAAAUGUAAAAUCUUUCAUUCAGUUCUAUCAUCUAACAAUUCGGGUACCAUAACCAAAUUUGACCUAACUUAUUCAACAUAUAGACCUAGGGCUGAAGUUUGACCAAAACCCCUACUAAACAAACUUAAUCAAAACCUAUAUUGCUACGUGUAACGCAUUACAACUUUGUUACGUUAUCUGAAAUUACCUUAAGUUUUCUGCUCAACAGAUAGAAAAUCGCUCUGAUUACACACCUUGAAUCAGCAAAAAUCUGUCUACGACAUCUUCGACUACGAAUUAAGUUUAUUUAUUGACCUUGAACCGAGUUGCAGCCGUAAAAACCACAAAGAAUUAUGUCUGGAGACGGGACGAAAAAAGUGGCUCUUAUCACUGGAAUCACAGGUCAAGACGGAUCCUACCUCACAGAACUUCUACUAGCCAAAGGAUACAUGGUGCAUGGAAUUAUCAGACGAGUGAGCACUUUCAACACGAAGAGAAUAGAAAACAUUGGGUACGAUCCAAACGUCAAAGGACGAAAUCUCAAACUUCAUUAUGGUGACCUCACUGAUACCUCGAGUCUCGUGCGGAUAUUGUCAGAAACAAAACCAGAUGAAAUUUACAAUUUGGCAGCUCAAAGUCAUGUUCAGGUUUCCUUCAUGAUGCCCGAGUACACAUCAGAUGUUGACGGUAUGGGUGUUUUGAGACUUUUGGAAGCCAUUAGAAUUGUGGGGUUGGACAAGACGUGCAAAAUGUACCAAGCUUCAACGAGUGAAAUGUUUGGAGAGGUGCUUGAAAUUCCACAGACCGAAAAGACGCCCUUUAAUCCUAGAUCUCCAUAUGCGUGUGCCAAAGUGUUUGCCCAUACCUUAGCCAAAGUGUACAGAGAAGGUUAUAACAUACAUGUGACAUCAGGCAUCCUGUUUAACCACGAAAGUCCUCGAAGAGGUGAGAAUUUCGUGACUAGAAAAAUCACUCGCAGUGUGGCCAACAUUAAAUUGGGCAAAAUUGAGUCUUUUUCUUUGGGCAACAUGGAUGCAAAACGAGAUUGGGGACACGCAAAAGACUACGUAGAGAGCAUGUGGCUGAUGUUGCAGCAGGACAAGCCUGGAGAUUACGUGGUGGCCACUGGCAAGCAGUACUCUGUCAAGGAAUUCGUGGAAAAAUCCUUCAAGGUCAUCGAUGUUAACAUCAAGUGGAGAGGGGAGGGGCUGGAUGAGGUUGGCUAUGAUGAGGCCACUGGUGCAGUCAGGGUCACAGUUGAUCCCAGAUAUUUCAGACCGGCCGAAGUUGAAACUCUGCUCGGAGAUCCAUCGAAGGCCAAGGAGCUGUUGGGAUGGGAACCCAAGAGAACUAUCGACGAAAUUGCAGAAGAAAUGGUCAAAUCCGAUAUUGAGUUGAUGUCAAAGAACUAACUUUUGCGAACCAGAAACCAUCUUCGAACAUGAUCACCCUUGAAUUGAAAUCAAGAUCAAAUAUAUCAGUAUUAUGAUUAAACUUCGGAGGACUUUCAAAUUUUAAAAUUGAUACAAGUUAGGAGAAAUUCCUGUUUUAUUUUCACUUUUGGUUCAAAAUUGUAACAUUCAUUUUUCGACUUGUAUUGGCGGUUGUGUGUAAAUACUUAAAUUGUAUAUUUGACAUUUGGAU